ACCGAACCUUUGCCCCUUGCAUACUUUCAGUUGCCUUUCUUCAUUUUUGAUGUUUACGGGUGGCGUGUUAACAGCUCUGUUUUAAAGUAUGUAAGCACUAGAAGAAGUACUAGGCGCUAGAAGCAGGCAGUUUGAGCGGAUAUGUGAACUUUAUUUUGACAGUAUUAGUAUGGGUGUGUUUAAGUACUCUCUAAUAGACUUCCUCUUAGUUUGCGUGGGUCUGCUGUUCCUCCUGCUGGACAUAGUGCUGGAUGUAUAUGCUGUUGUGUCUUUCUACCAGGAAGAGGCUUAUGUGAGCCUCGGUAUCCUGCUGCUGUUCCUCCUGGGCUCGUCCUUUCUUGUUCAGGCCUUCAGCUGGCUGUGGUACAGCUACGAGCACUUUGAGAGGCUGACGAAGGUUGAGAAAUGCCUGAGCCAGUGCCAGCUCAAGAUUCUUCAUGUGUUCCAGCUGGGAAUCUACUUCAGGCAUGCAGGUGUCGUAGAGAUCUCUUUACGGAGUUUCUUCUCGAAGGAGAAGGCUGAGCCCGGGAGUUUUGCUGUGUACCUGAGCCACGACCUGAGCAUGCUGCGGCUCAUAGAGACCUUUUCAGAGAGCGCCCCUCAGCUCGUCCUCAUGCUCACCAUCAUUAUGCAGCGCGGCGAGCUCAGCGCUGUGGCAGUGUUGAAGGCCUUUGGGUCCGCCUCAGCCAUCGCCUCCAGUGUGACCAUGUACCACCGCUCCCUGCGCUCCUUCCUGCCCGACAAGGAGAAGCAGCAGAUGAUUUCAUCGGCGGUCUACUUCCUCUGGAACCUGUUUCUCAUCUCGUCUCGCCUCACCGCACUCGGCCUCUUUGCCUCCAUGCUGCCGUGCUUCAUCUUCACCCACUUCUUUUGCUCUUGGGUGGUUUUAUUCUUCUUCGUCUGGCGAUCCAAGACAAACUUCAUGGAUAGCCCUUGCGGAGAAUGGCUUUACCGAGCAACUGUGGGCCUCAUUUUGUAUUUUGACUGGUUUAAUGUGGUUGAGGGGAGGACAAGGUACAGGACUAUGCUCUAUCACGGGUACAUGUUUGUUGACAUUUCGCUCCUCUGCAGUUUGUGGUGCUGGAAGAUGAUAACAGAACCGCCUUAUUUUGAAAUUCAACCCCUGUAUGCUUGCAUCACUGCUGUCAUUGUGAUUGCAGUUUACAUCCUUGGUCUCUUAUCAAAAAUGAUAUAUUAUCGCUGCUACCAUCCAAACCUUGCUAAAGGGGAGUUGAAAGGGGACACCACUAAAGGGUCCAAAGCUGGACAGGGACCUACUGGGAUGAGCGCCUUUGCUGAAGAUGAGGUAGACUUUCCUAUGUCCCAACUCAGGGUUACACACAUAGACCAUGACCCAGAGGAAGACGUUACAAAUCGUAGCGGACCCAGCCCACCAGCACCCGACAUCAAGCGCUGCAAUAAAAGAAUGAGGAAGUUGGCUGAAAACUUCUACUCCUGACCGGAAUAACUUGAGAUCCACCAGACACGAAAGGUCAGACUGAGUCACGCAGACUUGACCUUAUCAGUCAAGAUCAUGGGUUUUUGAGGACCUGCUUCCUAAAUAACUGCGGAUUUAACUUAGGUUCAAGUCAAGACUGCUGUAUUU